CAAAUUCCGAAACGGAAAUCCUGUCACACUUUGGGGGUCUCUCGUUCUUCCGAUCUCGGAUCCGCUGCUUCUACGCGUAUCUCUGUCUGCGUGUUGCUUGCACCUCUUCAGGCUUCAACAUCUAGCCUCCUGUUGCAUAAGGAUCUACAAACAACUAAAACAUCAAAAUGUAUGGUCGAAAGGCUUAUCAACUCGUUAAAGAAUUCACAAACAGCGAAUCCGGGCAGCUCACAGGCUUUAAUGAUGAUCUAUUUGCUCAAGUCAUCGAGGAUUGUAAAGAACAUGUUCUUAAACUUCAAUCCCUUUUGAGGAAGAUGCAAGAAGAAGGAUCAGACAAUCAAACAACAAAAAAUGCUGAUCAUUUCGGGGCACUUAUGCAUCACCUUGCAUUGGUUCGCAACAAACGUUGUCUCAUGGCUUAUGUGUAUAAUCGUGCAGAAGUUGUUCAAAAUUUAGGGUGGACAGUUGAUCUUGUGCUCCCUAUUGAAAUUGAAGAGAAACUUAGCAUCUCAGAAAAAGAAUAUUUCAAAAGCCAUUCUAAAACUUUAAAAUCCUACAUGUCAGAUUUGGAUAUUGAUUUGGCUGUGGACAUGGUCCCACCGAAAGAUCCAUACAUUAAAGUGAGGGUACUUGAGGAAAUUGGUAAUGUUGUGUUGAGUGAUCAGUCAGCUAACCUUACAAGGUUUGCAAUUCUGUUUCUUAGACGAACAGAUGCAGAACAAUACAUUUCUCAGGGUAAAAUGGAAGAGCUUACAGGUUGACCUCUACCUUUGGUCAAAGACAAUUCAUUAUAUUUUUGCUUUUUCUUUCUUCUUUAUGUUUGAAAUAUUCAACUUUAAUUCAUUCUGGAAAAAUCCUAGUCGUUUCAGUUCUUCUUUGAUGUCAUUUUGCAUCUUCUUUUUCACCUACCAUAGUUUCCUC